GAAAGAAUAAAAAUGAAAAAGAAAAUGGUAUGAAAAUAUUUUUGACAAUAAUACAUGCAUUUCUUAUCGUAAUUUUAAUACUUCGUGGUAAUUUUAUCAUUAUUUUCACCUGUCUCUUGUUCUCCCUUAUGGACGUUUUAACGCAAACAACUUAAGCAAACAUGGGCGCAGUUGUUUAAAAUGAACAAUGGAGGAGAGAUAAAAUAAUUUAUUUAAAAAGGGAAAAAAAGAGAGAUAUACAGGAAUGUUUUUACGCCAGAUGUGUUAUGACACAAAGGAAUACUAGCCGAAUUAUUGUGAAUUUUUGAAUGAAUAAAUAAAACGAAGGGAGAAAAAUCAAACAAGAAUAUUUUUCCCAAUUACGAUGAUAGAUGAGUAAUGGUUAUCUAAAGUAUUUUUUGGACUAUCAUCGUGAAAAUUCUUCAAAAGUGCAAUAACGUUUUAAUACAUUGAGAGAAAUUGUAAAUAUUUUCAAAAUAUAGACUUUGGAUGUUUGGAAUGGAACUUGCUUUAACGUCUUAAUAGAUACAUACCAAGUUGACGAACAUACGAGAAAGACAUAUAUGUUAACUGUAAUAUUUCGGUUCAAGUUGGACAGGAAAAAAAGGAAAAUUUAUGACCUCCAUUUUUAUGAAGAAUAUAACUGAACGGUGGUCCAUCAAUAAUGCCACGAAACAUGGAAGAGGACCACCAAAGGUCAUCCGCCCUCCAGGCGACCAAUCAAGCUCCGCCACAUCCGCCAUUGUCAUACACCAUCGAGAUGCCACCUUCUUACACCGCCCAAGAUAACAACAACACAUGGCGUCGGUUAGAUUCUAGGGAGCCUCUUUUAAAUAAUACAGAAAACAACUUGCUUCCUGAUGCACCUCCGCCAUACAAUGAGGUGGAUGUCAACCCAACGGCGCCACCCUAUGAGGAAAACGACCUUGUUUAUCCGCGUGAACCCAUCCGAACAACAUCGUAUCGCGAGGAGGAAGAAGUAAAAGAAGAUAUCGAUUUUUUUCGAUAUUCAGCUCCUUGUAAAAAAAUAGCAACAUGCAUAGCAACAUGCCUGGCUCUCGUGACUUUUCUCAUUCUAAUUCUGCUUUUGGUGUAUGGCAAGUUAUGACAACAUUAUCAUGUGACAUCGUGCAUGCAUUGUCUUGUUUCAUUCUAGGUGUGAAAAAUGCCGAUCAGAGCUUUCGAUGAUGGUUUUCGUAACACGGGUCGACUUUUAGACUUCGAUAACAGAGGUCGGUUAGGAGUGGACCGAUCACGGCAUAACCAGCAAUCGUCACGUCACAAUCGAAUAAGUCACAACCAAAGACUCCGACGCCAUGGUUUAGAACGUGAAGCAGCGUCACUAUUGACAGGAAGUUCCAAUGACGACAAAAGAAAUCGAAGCGAUGUGAAUGGAAAUGUUGAAGCGGAAGGUAAACAAACUGUAGAGGGAGAAGAUGGCACGUUUCAUUUUCAUACUAACCCUCUAGCUAGUUUUAUGCCUCCACCAGCAUAUGAAAGUAGACCUUCCACGCCUCAAGUGCAACGUCCAUCACCAAGUGCUCCUCCUGUUGAACAACACGACACUAAACUAUGUAUGACGCCUGACGCCGUGACGCAUGACGCCGUGACAUAUGACGUCGUGACGCACGACGCCGUAACCGCUGAUCAUUUUCAGAAGAUAUAUGGAUGUAAAACAACGACAAGUAUUAUAGUUCUAAUUGUUGCUGUUAUUUUGUUUGGAGUCUUUCUUGCUUUGUUAAUUUUGUUAGCAUAAUCAACCUCAUCUUCAGGAUUUUUUAUAUCUCUAACGGCAAUAGCGUUCUGUGACAUCCACCGUUAAUAUCUUAACAAUCAAAAAGUCCUAGGAUCGAAGCGGCUUCAGUGAGUGCCACUCGUGUACCAAGAUGAUGAAUAAGGCAAUUCUGAACGGCUUCUAUUUUCUCUAUUUCAGUUUAUUUUAUCCGUCAAUGGGCGCUACCUUUUUAAAUUUCGUUUGUGAACGUUCGAACGUUUGUGCUGGACACAGUUUUUUUUCGUAUUUUACGUCAAAUUGAAUCAAUCAGUUUUUAUUGCAUAAAAUUAUCUGAAUAUUGUAACCAGAUUUAUUUAAUUCGAUUCUUAAGAAUUAUUAUUAUAAAAUUUACUUUAUGCUAAUUAAUUAUUUUAAUUUUAUGGUCUAUAGAAUUUGGACUAAUAUUAAUGACCAGCAUUGAGGCAUUUUUGACCCACAUCCAGUAACAACCAAUAGAUUUUUGAAUUUUAUUAAUUCGGAGAAUUGUGAAAAGUAUUAUCAACACUUUUUUGCGGAUUAAGAGUACUGGUGAUAUUGGUGACACAAAAACGAGGCUAGCUCACACUUCUUUUAUUGUCCUCCAUUGUAGAGGAAUGAUAAGUUAUCAUUUUAAUAAUGUCCUUAUUUCUAGUUACGUUUUAACUGUUGAAAGGAGAGUGUAAUAUAUUGUUUUAAAUAUUUAUAAGAGUAAUUUGUACAUAGAAUUUUUACUAGUAAACAAAAUUCAGUUCUGUUUUUCCUUAUACAUAUUUUAUGUGCAUGUAAAAAAGAAAUGUA